AUGUCGACAAUCUCGAACAGUUCAGAUGCCUUAUUCGGCCCAGCCUACACAGGUCCAAGCAGAAGUUUCGACUUCACCCUGCUCUUCGAGGACACCGUGUUGACCAUCAUACCGUCCACAUUGUUUUUGGCAGCUGCGAUAGCACGUGCAGUAUGGCUGGUCAACAGUCCCAACAAGGUCGUCACGUCCUUGAGCCGGUCGGCGAAGCUGGUCUUGCUCUCCGCUUUCGCUAUGAGCCAACUGACGGUCUUGCUCAUUCGCGCAACCAACCUACAGAUUGCCACACCAGCAUCGGUGGCAGCGGCUUCGCUUGACUUCGCAGCAGCUUGCGUCUUGUUCGUUCUUUCCCUAUUCGAGCACUCAAGAUCAGUCACGCCAUCGACAAUUAUCGGCCUGUACCUCCUCUUCUCGAUCACUUUCGAUGCGAUACGGCUCCGUACGUUCUACCUGAUCGGCGGAUAUGGUGCCAACGGAGUUGCUCACCUUCUCACACUUUCACUGAUUGCCAAAUUCGGCGUUCUGGUAACGGAAGCAACCGAGAAACGAGCCAUCCUGCUGGAGCCUUAUCAGAGUCUGCCACCCGAGCAGACAAGUGGUAUCUACAGCAAAUCCGUGUUCUGGUGGGUGAACCCGCUACUGAUGCUUGGAUUUGACACUACGCUGCGAACGGACGAUCUCUACACCUUGGACGAAGCGCUACAGUCCGAAAAGGUACACCAGCGCUUCAAGACCCAUUGGCAGGCAAAACGAUCUCAUGGUCCGAGGAGCCUCAUGGGCACUGCCCUCAGCGUCUUGAGGUGGGAGUUAAUUUUCUCGGCCAUACCUCGACUUUUCCUGUCAGCGGCUCAAUUCUCGCAGCCAUUCCUUGUGCAGGCCACCAUUCGCUACGUGAGCAACCAGAGCGAGCAGCCAGUCUCCCACGGUUGGGGACUUGCUGGAGCUUUCUUUCUGUCGUACUUCGCAGUCGCAGUGCUCUCGGCCGCCUACAAACAUCUCGCAAACCGUUGUUGUACACAGCUUCGAGGUGGACUGGUUUCGUUGCUUUACGACAAGACAUUAAAUCUCAGCUUGACGGCAAUCGAUCGAGACGCUGUUCUAACACUCAUGUCGACCGACAUCAACACCAUGGUCGACAUCUUGACGAUGUUCCACGACACCUGGUGCGGCAUCAUCGACCUCGCCGUAGCAAUGUACCUUCUGUACUUCUAUCUUGGCUCGACCUGCUAUGCGCCAGCGAUUGUCUACGUCAUUCAGCUUGCAGGGACCGCUGGUCUGGUUCGCGUCAUCUCACCAUUCCAAAAGAAGUGGCUUGAUGCUGUGCAGGUCCGCGUCUCAUUCACGUCCGCAUUGCUGCACUCGAUACGGAAUGUAAAGCUCUUGGGCCUCGCAGCAGUUGUCAAGGACCGAACUCACGCGCUACGGCUGUCCGAGAUCGCAAUGUGUAAGGCGUUCCGUGUCGUCGAUACCAUCAGAGUAGUGCUUCAAAAUGGAUCCAGCAUAUAUGCCCCGUUUGCGACUUUCCUGGUCUACUACCUUCGAUCAGCAAAUGAUGACUCCUCUCCGCUGGAGAUCUCGACAGUGUUUGGAGUUCUAACCAUUCUCAGGACAAUGGAAAUGCCAUUGAACGUCACGAUCUACUCCUCCGUACGUUUGGCAUCUUCAUUGAGCUGCUUCGAGCGUAUACAGCAGUACCUGUUGUCGGAAUCGCGGAACGACAACAGACUAUCGCUGGAAAGCGUGUACGAUUCCGAAGACUUCUGGCAGACAAGCGCCAUUGCCGAUGGCAUCCCAAUGAGACGCGUGAGCGUGUCUCGCAGCGCUGCAGAUGAUGCCGUUGUUCUCAAGGAUUGCUCUUUCGGGUGGGAAAAGAACAAGUCAAUUGUCAAAGAUGUGAAUAUCACUUUGAGUUCCGGCUCUCACAUGAUGAUCAUCGGCCCUGUUGGCUCUGGCAAGUCGACACUACUGAAAGGUAUCCUGAGCGAAACUCCGUACUCCCGUGGCUUCGUGUAUGUCAACAGCAGCACCAUCUCAUUUGCAGAUCAAGAGGCCUGGGUGCAGAACGGAACGAUCAAAGACAACAUAUGUGGCGCAAGUCCUGUCGUCCCAGAUACCAGUUGGUAUGACGAAGUGAUAACUUGCUGUGGUCUCGCAGAAGAUGUUCUGCAUCUCCCUCGUGGAGAUCAGACUGUCGUUGGCUCGAAAGGCAUAUCAUUAAGCGGUGGCCAGAAGGCUCGCUUAGCUCUGGCUCGAGCGGUGUACUCGCGAGCCGAUAUACUCAUCUUGGAUGACGUCUUCUCUGGACUGGAUCACGAUACCGAAGAUCUGAUCUUUCGAAGGCUAUUUUCACGUAAUGGCCCACUCCGCCGACAAAAGACCACGGUCAUUUUGGUGACGCAUGCAGUCCAGCGGCUCCCAUAUGCUGAUACCAUCGUCUCAUUGGACGCAGACGGACGCAUCUCGGAAACAGGCAAUUGGCUUCAGCUUUCAACAAGUGGCGGCUAUGUCCACGAUCUCAACGUCGACUUCAAGCAGCAGCAGGACGCUGAGGAGGAAGCCGAUGUCGACGCCAAGGACAAGAAGGCUCCUGUCGCAACUGUAAUGCCCACGGCGGACGAUGUCCGAGACAAUCUGCUGAGACGCACUGGCGACUGGGUCACCUGGAAGUACUGGUUCAAAUCUUGCGGCUAUCUGUCGAGUAUUCUAAGCAUUAUCUGGGGCUUCGUCUGGAUGAUUUCUGUUCAAAUGCCUGGCAUCCUCGUCCGAGUCUUCUCCUCAAACAACGCCCUUGUCAGCGGAUCGGCCGCACGGACAUUCAUUAUCGUCUUUGGACUUACGACCGUCGUGGCUUCAGCCGCAGUUCUGGCUGUCGUCUGGCAGAUCCUUCUCGUCAUGCAGCCGCGUAGCUCCACCAGCUUCCAUUGGAACCUACUUGAGACCACCCUCAAUGCUCCGUUGUCGUUCUUCACCAAGACCGACAUCGGCUCCAUCACCAACCGCUUCAGUCAGGACCUCAACCUUGUGGAUAUGGAGAUUCCAUUCUCCUGGGCGGACUUCGUGCUAAGCUUUGUGGCUGCAGUCACUGGUAUGGGACUAAUGGUAGCCUCGGGGUCCGGCUACUUCGCGAUCACCAUCCCAGUCCUGCUCGGCGUUAUGUACAUCAUCCAAAAGUACUAUCUUCGAACCAGCCGACAGAUGCGGCUCCUUGACAUCGAAGAAAAAGCUCCGCUAUACACCCAGUUCGGAGAAACGGCUUCUGGCCUGGCCACAGUCCGUGCCUUUGGUUGGACGCAGAAGUUCUCAGAAAGACAUACCGAAUUACUCGAUCGUAGUCAGCGACCGUUCUAUCUCCUGCUAUGUAUUCAACGGUGGCUCACUCUCGUACUCGACCUUAUUGUCACUGGCCUCGUCACGGUCCUGAUGAUCGUUGUGGUGGCAACAAGAGAUUCCAUCAAUCCCGCCAUGGUCGGUGUUGGACUGCUCUCGGCGCUUGGCCUCAGCAAUUCACUCACCAAUUUGGUAAUGAUGUGGACAAAGAUGGAGACCGCUAUCGGCGCUGUUGGCCGUAUCCGUGAAUACAACAAGACCACAGCUUCGGAACAUAAACCCGAAGAGUGUGACGACCCGCGACCAGACUGGCCUGAGGAUGGGGCAGUGAGCUUCAAUAACUUCAGCGCCAGCUACUCCGAGGACUCGGAUCUCGUUCUUGACGAUAUCAGCAUCGCUUGUCGGCCACUCGAGCAAGUCGGACUAUGCGGCCGGUCCGGCAGCGGCAAAUCAUCCACGCUCGCCUCCCUUCUCCACAUCCUCGAGUACCGCACAGGCAACAUCACAAUCGACGGCGUGGACGUCUCCACCAUACCCCGCGAAACCCUCCGCGGACGCAUCAACGUCAUUCCACAAGAACCCUGGUGGAUUACCACCGAAUCAGUCCGCUUCAACAUGGAUCCCUGGAGUACCAUCUCCGGCACCACCACGAACGCCAACCGAGACGCAGUCUACAUCUCCGCCCUCAAACGCUGCCACAUCUACCCCAUCAUCGCCGCCCGCGGCGGUCUCGACGCGACCAUGACCGCCGACUUCCUCUCGCACGGGCAACGCCAGCUUUUCUGCCUAGCACGUGCACUUUUGCGGCAGUCCAAGAUUGUGGUGCUGGACGAGUGCUCCGCGAGCGUGGACGUCAAGACUGACGAGCUUGUGCAGCAGAUCAUACGGGAACACUUUGCUGGGUGUACGAUUUUGGCGGUCGCGCAUCGUCUGAACACAAUUGAGGAUUUCGGACGGGUGGUAGUACUUGGGAAGGGAAAUAUUGUGGAGAUGGGAGACCCGAAAGUAUUAGGGAGGACGGAGGGCAGCCGGUGGAGGGAGUUGCGGGACUUGUGA